CACCACACACACACACACACACAACAUGGCAGCAGACCAGAGAUCGCCCGUCAUAUUACGAGAGAUGACCUCGGCGGUCAUGACGAGAAUGGAGGGCCUAGUCAAGCGGAUCUAUAUCCCGCUGACGUCGAGCAGUCCGCCUGGCCUGGUACAAGCAGACACCGUCGACCCUUGGAGCCAGUCUGGAAAGUAUGGUCUGGCAUGGACGUACUUCUCGUUGGUGCUGAUGGGCUUGGUCUUGGUGGUUAGGUUAUGGCACUACUGGCAGGACAAGAUCAGGCAGGCCAUCUACAAGCAGGAGGUGGAGCAAUACUACCAGAACCUGUGGAGCCUGGAGCCGCAACAUGCACAGCAGCAACAGGAGUCGCUGCAGACCGGGCAACCUUCUUCCACCGCCGAACGCCAUUUUUUCCCAGAGGAGGAGAAAGCCGCGACAGCCUUCCGGCCGAAAGAGCACUUUUCCUCUGUCGGCUUCAUCAACGAUACCUUGGCGCUUUUCCGAUGGGUCUUCUACCGACCCAUCCCCGAUAUAAGGUGGCGCAAACACAGGUUCACCUUCUCUUCCUUGGCCGUCCUGACUGUCGGCUUCAUCGGCCUGGCUUUUGUGGCCCUUUACUGCUUCCUGCCGCAGCCUCUAUACUGGGUCAGCAUCCGCUACGGCUCGCCACCUCUGGCCAUCCGGUCUGGCAUGUUUGCCGUGGCCAUGACGCCCUGGAUCAUCGCCACGAGUGUCAAGGCUAACCUCCUGAGCCUCGUCACGGGGAUCGCCCCCGAUCGGCUCAAUGUCUUUCACCGAUGGGCCGGGUACCUAUGCCUGUUCAUGGCCCUGGUCCACAUGGUCCCAUUCUUCAUCCAGCCUGUGUGGGAGGACGGCGGCAUGUCGGUCUUCUACCAGCUUUUUCCUCCCGGGAGCGGCAUCAUCUACGGCAGCGGGAUCGCAUCCUUUGUCCCGCUGUGCUGGCUGUGCGUGGCGUCCCUGCCCGUUGUCCGGCGCCACCUGUACGAGUUGUUCGCGCUCCUCCACGCACCCGUGGGCUACAUCUACAUCGGGAUCCUGUUCUGGCACACCAAGAACUUCCUCAUGUCGUGGAGCUACCUCUACUCGUCCAUCGCCAUCCUGGUCAUCUGCAACCUGUGGCGGCUCAGCAAGCUGAACUGGACCAAGCCGUGGAAGUACGCUUUCCUGGUGGGCGAUGAGGCGGCCAUCCAGAUCAUGACGGAGAACACCAUCAAGAUCACCAUCCCCACGCAGAUGAAAUGGCAACCAGGCCAGUAUGUCUACCUGCGGAUGCCGGGCAUCUCGCUGCUCGAGAACCACCCCUUCACCAUCUCGUCCCUCUGCAGUGAGGAUUUCCCCUCCGAGUACGGCGAGCAGUACCGAGACUGUGUGCUGGUGUUCCGACCCUACGGCGGGUUCACUAAGAAGGUGCUGGAGACGGCCAUCGAGAAAGGCCCCUUUCACACCUACCGGGCCUUCCUGGACGGACCGUACGGAGGCAUGCGCCGAGACCUGGCCGCCUUCGACACGUGCAUUUUGAUCGCGGGAGGCAGCGGCAUCACAUCGCUCAUGUCGCAGCUGCUAAACCUAAUCAAGCGGAUGCGCGACGGCAAGGCCAUCACCAAGAAGAUCGUGGUGGUGUGGUCUCUCAAGCGGCUCGAGGCCAUGGACUGGUUCCGCGAGGAGCUGCGCAUCUGUCGGGAGUCGGCACCGCCCGAGAGUGUGACCUGCAAGUUCUUCGUGACGGCUGCGGUGCGGAACUCCAUGGGCGCCCUGCCCAGCUCACGCGCCCCGAGGCCGCUGUCCAACGUGUUCCAUGACAAGCUCGACGGGUUUGUGGCGGGCAUCGCGUCCAAGCGCAACUCGACGCUCAUCGCAGACGUCGCGCAGGGGGACCCGGAGAGGGAGCGUGAGCUCAGGGCAGAAGAGCAGGACCGGUUCACGGCGCUGCCCCAGCAGAAAUACUUACAACCAUAUAAUAUCCCACCGCCACCACCCGGCCCGCCACCGUCGUCAUCCAAGAAGGACAGACAGUCUUAUACAGACGACGCCCUGUCCCGACUCGAAGGCCGCCCCGAGCGUGGUGACGAACAACAACACGAGAUCCCCACAACCACCUCCCUCAGAGACACCAAAGAAGAAGCCAAGGGCAAGAAGCGCGAAUUCCACUUCCCGCCCCUGCAGACCAAGGCGGACGCGCCGCACUUUAACUACCCUCCCCCUAAUUCGCCCAGCUACAAGCGCACGUCACAGUAUCUCGCUGCACAACAGCAGUCCCAGUCCCAGUCCCAGUCCGACGGUGAACAGGAGCCUGGGACCUCGCCUCAGCCGGGCAGCAUGGAUGCGGGAGGACGGCGGCCAGGUGCGCCAGACGUGCCAGAGCUGGCACACCUCCGUACCAACCUCGGUGGCGUGCAGGGCCAGCGGGCAGCAGCACGACCUACCAGCACAUUUGGCCCACCGUCCGGGUUCGAGUUUGGAUUUCCCGAGACGCCGACCGAGUUCCAGAAGAACCUGAUGCGGUUCGCGUUCCCGGUACCGCACCAGAUUGACGGCGGGUGGAGCGUCGAGUACGGGCGGCCGGACCUGGGGUUUAUGCUCAAGGAGUGGGCGACGGGGGGCUCGGACGGGAGGGGAAUCCUGGGCCGGCGGACUGCGGUGUUUGUGUGUGGGCCCCCUGCGAUGCGAGUCGGCGUUGCAACUACCGUGGCCAGGCUGCAGGCGGAGAUCUGGGGAGACCCUAUGCUGGAGGAGAUUUAUCUGCACGCAGAGAACUAUGCUCUGUAGGGAAAGGAGGAGAGGGAAGAAGAGAAGGGGAAAAGGAGUUUGACUGGAGUUUGUUAUGAAUGUUUACGAGAUGAGAUACCAUUUUCUUUCUCUAUUUAGUACUGUAUCAAUAAUCUAAUAUCAUGAGGAGGAAGGAGGCCCGGUCGAGGGCACGGCGGACCAAAUGGAGGUCGGCGUCGAGAACAAUUGGGUUGAGAUAGCAGUGACCGGCCUGAAAAAGCUGAGCCUUUGCCCAGGCUGUAUACGGCUGGCUGGUCAUUCCACUGAACAUACUGAAGCAAAUACAUAUAUGUGAUCAG